AUGCACAACCCGUUCAAAACCCAAGGUGCCGCACACUACAUAGGAGGCUGCGGCUCUUCAGAUUCGUCUACCAACAAUACCACAUGUUGCAAAGAAGCCUCUUUGUCAAACCCUCCGAACCCAGUCCACAGAUGCUUCGACCCGGACAACGCCAGAGACGUGAUUCCGCUCUCCGCUCCUCCGCACGCUUCCCCAGCGACAAACACACCACAAGAGCCCCUCACCAUUCCCUCAACCAACCCCAAAAUGUCCCCUACUGCAUCCGUGAUAGAACUCCCCUCCACACAUCCUACCACAACUCAGUCGCAAUACCCCUCCGGCUGGCCGCCCGAGACGAUAGCCUCUAUCGAGCGCGCAAAAGCAGCGGAGAAGCACAAGGAAGAAGGUGAGAAAAAUAAGACGAAAGGCGCGACAAGGGUGGGUGCCACGGUGGAGAUUGUGGCGAUUGGGUUGGCGGUGGGACUUGCGAGUUUGCUUGGUUAG